AUGGAGAUGGAAAAAACCAAUUAUCGUUCAAAGAGCUCUAUCCCAACCUUCGCUCAAGGCCUCUCUGUCCUAGUGGUUGAUCAAGAGACAAGGUCACGCAUGCACCUAUCUUCACUGCUUGAACAGUACAACUACAGUGUGACGACUACUGAAUUUGGAGUUGCCGCUGUGAGCAUGAUUUUGGCACAGCCAAAUCUUUUCAAGAUUAUUAUGGUAUCUAUGGAAUUACAUGAUUUGAACAUUACAGUUUUUAUGAAAACAGUGGAAAGAACAGGAAUUCCAAUAAUUGUGAUGUCCUCAGAGAACAAUAUCAAAGCUGCCGUAAAAGCCUUGCAAGAUGGUGCAUACUACUAUCUUGAGAAACCCAUUUUACCAGAGUAUGCGAGACAAGUCUGGCAAUAUGCGAUGAGCAGAAGGAGACCAAAUGAAACCACACCUGGUGCCAGACCGGCCUCUUAUGUUCGUCGAGAAAACAGGGAGGAAAGUUCAAGGAAGGUAGUACUGGAAGUCGUGAAGAUCAGCGAGGGAACUGGUGUGUCAACAGCCAGAAAGGAGGCGGUCAACGUUGGCCCUAAUGCUCCGAAAAGGGAGAAGAAAGCAGUAGAUCAAGGAAAGAUUGGUAAUGGAGUUGGGAAAAAUCAAGCUAACAUGGACCCAUUAGGGAUGUCUAAAAGUAGCCAGAAUACUCCAGUGUCAAAAAGAAAGGAACCAAAUGCUGGAGCUGAGAAUGGAAAAUCAAAAGUGAGAAAGACAAGAUUUGGUGAGGAAGACGACGAGGAUGACAAGGGCGAGAACGGUGCUAAGAAACAACGUCUGGUUUGGAACCCAGACCUUAAGUCGAAGUUUACAGCUGCUGUUAAUGCUUUAGGCAAAAAUGAUGCUCGUCCAAAGACAAUCCUGAAUAUGAUGGAUGUUCCAGAUUUGACUCAACGCCAAGAUGCUAGUCAUCUACAGAAGUACAAAGCUCAAGCUCAACCCCUUCCUGAGUCCAAAUUUCCCUUGACAUCCUUACUACUUGGCAACCAAAUCAAUGAUUCUGGACCAGCACUGCCAAUGAGGGAAAACAGUUCAUUGCUGCAAUCGAGAUCUCUGCAAAAUCGAGCACAUAAUAGCAGUUCAUUUAGGCAGUUCCGAUCAUCAUCUCAGCGGCUGCAGAUUAACAAUGCGAGGGUGCAAGCUGGAUCUUCGCGACCAUGGCUGCAAAACAGCAAUUCAGUGCUGCAACCAGGGUCACCAGCACUAGCUAUGCCGGGAAACAAUUCAGUGCUGCAACCAGAGUCACCAAUGCUAGCUAUGCAGGGAAACAAUCCAGUGCGGCGACCCGGAUCAGCAUCCUCACUAAACCUGCAGAAUAAUAUUUCAAUGCUGCAAUCCGGAUCAUCAGGAAACAUGCAGCAUAAUAUCUCGUUGCUGCAACCCGGAUUUCCAUUCAGAUGGCAGCAAACUGAUGUUCCUAUGCUGCACCCCGGAGCAAAUGAGAAUUACUUGAUGCAUAUUAACAAUUCAUUGUUGCAGAUUGGAUCCUCGUUCAACAAUGUUCAAAACAAUGCAUCAAGGAUGCAAGUUGGAUCAUCAUUUGGAGUACAGACUCACACUUCGAUUCUGCAGCCUGGAUCAUCAUUAAACUGGGUGCAGAAUAACUUACCAAUGUUUCAACGAACACCCUCGUUUAAUUUCUGGGGAAACAAUAAAUUGCUGCAAUGCGAGUCAUUACUAGACGAGCCGGAUGAGGAUUUGUUGUUGUAUCAUGGACCACUACCACAAUGGCUGCAGGAAACUCUUUUGGUGCUGCGACAGGGAUCAUCAUCAUCAUCACAUGGUUUCCAGAAUUACAUUUCAAUCCUGCAGCCUGGAUUCUCAUCACAUAGUAUGAAUUGGGUACCAAUUCAGCUGGGAGGUGGAAAUAGUGGACUUCCUUCUGGAGGUAUAUUUCCAUUUGGAUCUCAAAUGCCAUCUAUUGCAGAAGAUGAGGAGCUGAUGUUGAUCCUAGCAAGCUUUAGUCAAGACAUUCCCCCUGCAGCAGAAACACUUGAGGGCAUUUUCAAUCAAGGCCCGCAUGGCAGUUUAGUUCCUCCACUCUUUUCAGAUAAUACAUCAUCUCAUGUUCUUCGAGAUGGUAAUCUUCCUCCUCCUACUAUAAUUUACUUAUAA